CUUCAACAUGUUAAAUACAGUCAUAAACACACAUAUGAGGUGUUUGGUCGUCUGUUCCUCAGUGACCAAUAGGACCGAGGCAGUGAAUUUAAAACCAGCAGCGGCAACUACGAGCCAACUUCAGACCAAAACAACCGUCUGGACCGAGAGAGAAGAGGAACCAACAGCUGUUACUGUUAGCAACACCUGACCAGAUACGAUGGCCAACAUAAUCUUUGCAGAGAGAGAAAAUGCACAUCUUCAUCCCCCUAAUCUGAAGAUGCGACAGCGGCUUCAGUCUGCUCCAGAGAAACUAUCAUCUCCUAUGACUGCCAAAACCUUGUGCACUCCUCUGUUAUCUGGUCGCAAGGCUUUUGGUGCCGUCAACAAAAGAAUCUCAACCCCUGCCGUCAACACACUCUUAAAGCCACAGGAAACUAAAGUCAAAGCUGCUUCUCAGACCAAAGUGGAGGAAUAUCCAGAAAUUGAGAAUUUCAUCCCUUAUGACCCACUAGAGUUUCAGAAGUACGGCAUACCUGAGGAUUUGAUUCCUCUCGGUGGCUUUGCGCUGUCUGGACUGGCCUGUUUCUCACCAGCUCCACAUCUGUUUGAGGAGGACCUGGAGAAGUUUGAUCCACUCCCAGACCUGUCACCUGUAAAGAUGCCAGAACGUUCAGAUCAUUGCUCAGAGCUGGACGCCUUCCUUCAAACACUCGAUGAGCUGACCGUCGAACUUCCUCCUGAAUCUUUUACUGACUGAAUGUUGAUGCAUGUUUUUUUGUUAUGACAUUUUUUACUGAAAUAAAGUUGUUUUAUCUGUC